AGCUCCGAGUUUUUUCGCGGCUUCCUAUUAGUUGCCCGGCGCCAUCAUGCUUUUUGGCGCCUGGAACCAAUAGGAAGCCGCAAAAAAGCUCGGAGCAAACUCGUCUCCUAUUUCGACGAGUUACUAACGUUUGCGCAUAGUCCCCUAAGUUCAAAAUGGACCCCGCCGCUGGAUUGAACAUGAAUCAAAUUGGCAGAGCAGAUAUUAAUUUAAACGGGAAUCGUUUGAAAAUCAACGGUAUGGCACUGCGAGUAUAUCACGUUAUUUUGCGAAUGCUCAACCUCUACUCUAACGAUUGUAUGACAGCUCCCAGACGUUUGCACCAGAUGAGAUUCCUAUGCGUGCUGACACUCAAGUAUACAAUUAGUAAAGUGAAUACUACUGGAAGUAAAUGUCACCAUUUCGGAGUAGAAGAAUCAAAGUGCAUCCUCAAGAGCAGAGGGGCUAGACUGACGGCUAGAACAUUGGAUUCGAUCUAUAGAAGAGUCUUAUCAUACUUGAUCGAACUGUAUUUGUCCCAGGGAAGAAUGCAAAGCUGAAACGACAGAGUGCUUGCGGUAUACGUCAGAUGUUAUUAUUACACCCCUGUGUACCUUGGCGGAAAGUCACUGCCAGUGUGUCGCUGGGCAAGGUCCAGCUGCCCACCACAAGCAUGUUGUUGCUCUGCUUCUAGAAACGACACAGAGAGUUUGAGAAAGAGAAAUUAUACUUCCUAGUACAUGUAUCAUUUCAAGAACUGCAAACAUUCCACAACCCAUGGAUAUGAAAUGCAAAUCAGCUGGAGACUUGGAGACCUACACUAAAAAAUCUGUGCUUUCAUCUCAGAUUGUGAGAAAAUUCCAAGGCUAUAGGCUUACUGUUUUAUUCGGCAAAAACGUAAAAGAUUCUCCAGAAUAAUUCCAAGACGCUUUUUCUACGUAAAAUUGC